GUAGUUCUCUAGAGGUACGUGCGCGCCGAGACACGACGCAUUCCCACAAACCCGCUAUUGGGUCGAUUUGUAAAUGACAGCAGAACUGUUCCCAGAUCAGACAGAGGCGACAGCUCUCUCUGACAGCUCGUUGUGUUGAACUGAAAGUCGCCUCUCCAGGCUUGCCUGCAGUUCCUGAAGCGCUCGAGCGACCAUGAAGGCGCGCCGGCUGCCCAUCGCCGUUCUGCUGCUGUGUCUGCCAUGGGGCGCGGGCGCGCGGGCGGACACCAACGCCACCGUGCCUUCUGCAGAGCCGGACACGCGUGUCACCGACACCGGCUCCGCCGCGCUCAGAUACCGGGCGGACGCGCGGAGCCUUGCCAAAGGCAGACGGAGGCGUAACAUUUCCCAAGACGACAUGCUUGCCAUCCUCGACUACCAUAACAAAGUCCGUGCGAAAGUGUUCCCGCCUGCGUCAAACAUGGAGUAUAUGGUCUGGGAUGAAUCCCUCGCCCAGAGGGCGGAGGUGUGGGCCUCCACCUGCCUUUGGGAGCACGGCCCUCAGAAUCUUCUCCGUUUCCUGGGUCAGAACCUCUCUGUGCGAACUGGGAGGUACCGGUCCAUUCUACAGCUGGUCAAGCCUUGGUAUGAUGAAGUGAAAGAUUACUCUUUCCCAUACCCGCGCGACUGUAACCCCAGAUGCCCUCUGAAGUGUUAUGGACCCAUGUGCACACAUUACACACAGAUGGUGUGGGGAACAUCAAACAAAGUUGGCUGUGCCAUCCAUACAUGUCAUAACAUGAAUGUGUGGGGGUCAUUGUGGAGAAGAGCAACAUACCUGGUGUGCAACUAUUCACCAAAGGGUAACUGGAUUGGCGAAGCUCCAUAUAAAGUCGGCCUUCCGUGCUCCAUGUGUCCUCCCAGCUACGCCGGCUCCUGCAGGAACAACAUGUGUGUACCUCCUGUCAACUCCAACUACCUGCACUGGUUAAAGUAAACAGACGGAGAGACAGACAGACGGAGAGACAGACAGAAGGAGAGACAGACAGACAGAGAGACAGACAGACGGAGAGACAGACGGCCCCUGUCUGUUUCCUGUCUCACACACACUCCCCCCAUGGACGACUUGCACAACAUUCCUGAACUAGGCUGAUCUGUAUAUUUGGGUCUAUUUAAAAUAUAACCCUUUUUUAUAUGGCUAUAAAUUAUUUUGUUAUUGUUUAUUACUAUGUAUGGAUAUGCGUCAUUUUAUUCAUUUGUUGGGAUUAAAAACAUCAUUUAUCUCCUCAGAGGACAACGUGGACAAUCAUAAGAAUGGUGCUGAUAGUUUUCAUAAAAUCACUGUGCCAUGAUGUCAUGAGUUUGGAGGCUGGCUAAAUAUCACGACAGCUGCUCUACAGCUAACUGGUUUCCGUGGAGCUUGUGCGUUAGACAUGCUCAGUUCAUUUUAAAGGGACUUGACAGUGUGCAGUGAACACACAGGAGACGUGGGUGUUAUGGCGCUCUACAAUCUAUAAUCUGUAAUAUCACCCAAGUCUGUGCCGGAGAGGUCAGUUGUAGACACUGAUGCUCAGUGGUGCACCACGUCAGUCACUCCAGGUGCUUAUACGUGUACUUACAUUUGUGAAUGACUUGUUGCUCUGGUGUAAUGACUGUCUAUAUCUGCACUACAGUCUAAAAAAGUAGAACUUCAAAACCAUCCUUUAAAAAAAAUUUUACUGGAUGAUCUCUGAUUUUUAAUACACAGCAUAUAUGAAACUCAUAAAUCAUUUAUAGAUGUUUAUUAAUGCUUACAAAAGCUGAGAACACUGCCGCUAUAAGGUUGACUGUUAUUCCUAAAUGUCUCAGAUGACAUACGACUUAUUUUGUACAAAUUCUUCACUUAUGUAUGAACUUUUAUAAAAUCAGAACUUUCACAACACAGAUACCAAGUUAACAUAUUUAAUGGACAUUGUGAUCUGAUGGGUAGUGGUAAGACCUGCCUAAGGACACAAUUACCGCUGCAGCUGUAAGUGCAAUCUGAAUCAAGUCUGUCUAACUUUGAGUUAAAACUAUUUAUCAGCCAAAACAAAAUGUCCAUUAAAAUCCAUAUGAUUUCUAUAUGAAGUUGGAUAUAAGCAUAUUAAGUCAUUCCAUCCCUUAUUAUUUAAGAGGCUUUUUUUCUAGUAUUGUACAAGACAGUAUGGUUAUGGUUUCUGCUAUAACCCUCCCACGGUGCCUGUGACUGCAGCUCCGGGCAGGUCUGCCUUCCACCCCUCAGAAGGGGCAGUUCUCAGCUCUUCAGGCGACCAGAAUCUGAGCAAACUAAAGGACAUUUGCUUUAGCCGGACGUGUUUGUUUGAGAGUUGUCCCUGUUUCAUCUGCACUGACUGAAUUUAAAUUCAUUUUGUGUUUGUUGUUUUGGAAUGAAAUGCGCUUGUUGUAUUUUGUACUGCUGAAUAAAAUCAAAUGUUUGCAUA